CCAAUUUCUUCUCCAAACUAUUAUUAUUAUUAUUUUUUUCACAAUUUAGGGUUACGCAUUUCCUGAUUCCAACAGAAAUUCAUUGGCUUUUUCAUGCAAUCACGGCGGUCUAAGUUUCUAGGAGCUUCAGAGUGAGUGUCUAGAGCUUUCAGGGAAGUGCCAAUGGAGUCAAUACUGGCGCUAGCAUUGGAGUACACACUCAAGUACUGGCUUAAAUCCUUCUCCAGAGAUCAAUUCAAGCUUCAGGGUCGUACUGUACAGCUUUCAAAUUUAGAUAUCAAUGGAGACGCUUUGCAUGCCAGCAUGGGAUUGCCACCGGCAUUGCACGUGACUACAGCCAAAGUUGGAAAAUUGGAAAUAAUGGUGCCAUAUGUUAGCAAUGUACAAAUCGAGCCAAUCAUUGUGCAAGUUGAUAGGCUAGAUGUUGUUCUGGAGGAAAACCCAGAUGUGGAUGCAUCUAGGAGCUCAAGCAGUACACAAUCGUCCACUAGCUCUGCAAAGGGUAGCGGUUAUGGGUUUGCUGAAAAGAUUGCAGAUGGAAUGACACUACAGGUCCAGACUGCCAAUCUUCUACUUGAAACUCGUGGUAGCGCUCAACGAGGGGAAGGGGCUGCUUGGGCAUCACCCAUGGCUUCUAUCACCAUGCACAACCUUGUGUUUUACACCACUAAUGAAAAUUGGCAGGCUGUAAACCUUAAGGAGGCAAGGGAUUUCUCCUCUGACAAGAAUUUCAUAUAUGUUUUUAAGAAACUGGAAUGGGAGUCUUUAUCGGUUGAUCUCCUGCCUCAUCCAGAUAUGUUUGCUGAUGUGCUAGAGGGUGCAAAUAAGAUAGAUGAUGAUGGUGCAAAGCGAGUUUUCUUUGGUGGAGAACGUUUCUUAGAAGGAAUAUCAGGAGAGGCUUAUAUCACAGUGCAGAGGACAGAGUUAAACAGUCCACUAGGCCUUGAGGUUCAGUUACAUAUUACAGAAGCUGUUUGUCCAUCAUUAAGUGAACCAGGACUUCGAGCUCUUCUCCGCUUCUUUACGGGACUGUAUGUCUGUCUAAAUAGAGGAGAUGUAGACCCAAAGGCGCAGCAGCGAUCUGCUGAAGCAGCAGGACGUUCUCUGGUUUCUAUUAUUGUGGACCACAUAUUUCUCUGCGUUAAAGAUGAUGAAUUCCAGCUUGAACUUUUGAUGCAGUCACUUUGUUUCUCUCGGGCUAGCGUCUCUGACGGAGAAAAUACCAGUUACUUGUCUAAGGUUAUGAUUGGUGGGUUCUUUUUAAGGGAUACCUUCAUGCACCCUCCAUGUACUUUAGUGCAACCAUCUAUGAAAGCUGUCACAGAUGCUUGUCUGAAUAUUCCUGAUUUUGGUAAGAAUUUUUGCCCUCCAAUAUAUCCACUAGGUGAGCAGAAGUGGCAGUUAAUUGUGGGUGUUCCUCUAGUAUGCCUUCACUCUCUUCAAGUCAAGCCCUCUCCAUUCCCUCCUUCUUUCACAUCACAGACAGUGAUUGAAUGCCAGCCACUUAUGAUUCAUCUUCAGGAAGAAUCUUGUUUAAGGAUAUCCUCCUUCUUAGCUGAUGGAAUAGUUGUAAAUCCUGGUACUGUUUUACCUGAUUCUUCAGUUAAUUCUCUUGUAUUUACUCUCAAGGAAUUGGACAUCAGUGUCCCUCUAGACAAGACUAAACUGGAUUAUCCUGGUAGCGAAGGGAACCUUGCCGUUGAAAAGUCCUUUGAUGGAGCUAGACUUCGUAUGAAAAACUUGUUUUUCUCAGAGUCACCUUCACUAAAACUCAAGCUACUGAACCUGGAGAAAGAUCCUGCUUGCUUUUGUCUCUGGGAGGGUCAACCUAUUGAUGCUAGCCAGAAGAAAUGGAAGGCUGGAGCAUCACAACUUUGUUUGUAUUUGGACACAUCUUGUAGCUUAACUGGACUUCAGAAUUCUGUUGGCUGUAGUCCAGACUUGUGGAGGUGUGUUGAGCUAAAAGAUGCUUCUGUUGAGGUUGCCAUGGUAUCUGCUGAUGGGAACCCAUUAAGAAUUGUUCCUCCUCCUGGUGGUGUUGUCAGAAUAGGGGUUGCAUGUAACCAAUAUUUGUCCAAUACGUCAGUUGAGCAGUUAUUUUUUGUAUUGGAUCUAUAUGCAUACUUUGGUAAAGUAAGUGAAAAGAUUGCCAUAGUUGGGAAGAGUAGAAGACCAGAGAUAGAUGGAAAUGACUCUUUUGAUGGAAGGUUGAUGGAGAAGGUUCCUAGUGAUACUGCUGUUAGUUUAGCAGUAAAUUAUCUCCAGCUUAGAUUUCUGGAAUCAUCCUCUUUCAAUAUCCAUGAAAUGCCUCUUGCUCAGUUUAUCGGGAAAGAUCUGUUCAUUAAAGUUACUCAUAGAACUCUUGGUGGUGCUAUUGCUGUUUCAUCCACUUUGUCUUGGGAGAGCAUUGAGUUGGACUGUUUAGACACUGAGGGAAACCUUGUACAUGAUAAUAAAACAUUGUCAGAUUUAGUUGAAAAUGGUUCUCUUGUCACUUUGAAUGGAUAUCCUCCUCUUAGAGCUGUCUUUUGGGUAGAUAACAAAAAGAAGCAUCAAUCUAAUGGAAAAGCUUUUGUGAUUCCUUUUCUGGAUAUAAGCAUUGUACAUAUCACUCCCUUCAAUGAACUGGACAAAGGGUGUCACAGCUUUAGUGUGUCAGCUUGUAUAUCUGGUGUUCGCUUGGGUGGGGGAAUGAAUUACACAGAAGCUUUGCUGCAUCGAUUUGGAAUACUUGGGCCUGAUGGUGGUCCUAGUGAGGGACUCUCCAAAGGGUUGGAGAAUCUAUCAGCAGGGCCACUGGCUAAACUUUUGAAGCCAUCAGCUCUUGUCGAUGAUAAUUUAGGAAAGGGUGGAAAUUUGGAUGGUGAGAAAGAUAGCAGUUUCUUUCACCUGGGAAUGCCAGAUGAUGUUGAUGUGUCCAUAGAAUUAAAGGACUGGUUAUUUGCUCUUGAAGGUGUGCAAGAAAUGGCCAAAAGGUGGUGGUUUGACAAUCAAGAAGACUUGACUAGAGAGCAGAGAUGUUGGCACACAACCUUCCAGACUUUGCAUGUAAAAGCAAAAAGCAGUCCAAAGCUUGUUCUGAAUGGUAUAGAGAAAUCAGUAAGGAUGCAGAAAUAUCCUGUUGAGCUGGUCACGGUUGGUGUGGAAGGAUUGCAAACUUUGAAGCCUCAGGUCCUUAGAGGCAGUCUUAAAGCUGUCCAAUCUGAAAAUGGAUUUAAAGAAGGUUUUGAGACAUGUAGUGGAGUAAAUGUUGAAGCUCGUCUGGUGAUAUCAGAAAACAAUAUGGAAGAUGAAAUGGUCAACUGGAUGGUGGAAGACUUGAGAUUCUCUGUCAAGCAACCAAUUGAGGCGAUUGUGACCAAGGAUGAACUUCAACACCUUGCUCUCUUGGGCAAAUCUGAAAUUGACUCGAUGGGUCGACUAACUGCCAGCUUCCUGAGGCUACUCAAGCUGGAAAAGUCAAUUGGAAAGGAAGCCAUCGAUAAGCUUAGCAAACUUGGAACUGAAGGCUUUGAUGAGAUCUUCUCUGCUGAUAAGCUCAGCAGCGGCAGCUGUGCUGGCAGAAUCGAGCUAUCUCCUAGAUCAAAUCAUACAAACAAAACCCCACAGUCAACUCUAGUAUCAACUGUAGCUGCACUCGAGGAGGCAGUUUUGGAAUCACAAGCCAAGUGUGCCGCUCUUAUUACCACUGCAUCUAGUUCGGAGUGUUCUGAAGAGCACCUUGCCAAUAUUAGAGAACUCAGUCAGAAAUUCGAAAGCAUGCAGAGUUUGUUGGGGCGACUGCAGGAUCAAAUUUGAUGGGUCCUUUUUUCUUGCUUCAUCCAUUCUUUGUUGUAAAAUCAUGGAAUCAAAGAAAGCCUCCAAUGAUAUAGUCUACACCAUUCUUUCCUGUAAAUAGCAUACACAUCAAUACAUGUUGAGUGGAUCAGUCAGGCAGCAAGGAAGGUUCUUUCUUAUGGGUUAAACCCGAAAUUUUGUAUCAUAGUAUGACAAUUUCCCCCUCCAUUGUAAUAUGCUUUUACUCUGCUAUGUUUGAGGAGCAAGUAAUAACAUUUGAGUGGUGACGAUCUAACUGUAGCAUAGCCAAAAGUGUAAGGACCACUAUGCAAUUCCA